GGUUCAUUCUUUGCAGUGUUGAAUUUAACGCUUAUCGACUUGCCGGGCUUGACCAAAGUGCCCAUUGGUGACCAGCCGGCAGAUAUUGAGCAGCAGAUCCGACAAAUGAUCAUGACCUACAUUCUGAAGGACAGUUGCCUCAUCUUGGCUGUGUCACCUGCCAAUUCUGAUUUGGCUAAUAGUGAUGCACUAAAGUUAUCCAAAGAUGCUGAUCCUGAUGGUAUUCGAACAAUUGGUGUUAUCACAAAGUUAGAUUUGAUGGAUGAUGGAACAGAUGCCAGAGAUGUGUUGGAAAACAAACUUCUUCCUCUCCGAAGAGGAUAUGUUGGUGUUGUUAAUCGUUCACAGAAGGAUAUUGAGGGCAAGAAGGACAUCAAAGCUGCAAUGGCAGCUGAGCGCAAGUUCUUCCUGGGCCACCCAGCAUACAGGCAUGUUGCAGACCGCAUGGGAACCCCAUACCUGCAGAGAGUACUUAAUCAGCAACUGACCAACCACAUCCGAGAGACACUACCAGGCCUGCGAGAUAAACUACAGAAGCAGCUCCUUGCCAUGGAAAAGGAAGUAGAGCAGUACAAGCACUUCCGCCCAGAUGAUCCAGCCAUCAAAACUAAAGCGAUGUUACAAAUGAUCCAACAGCUUCAGAAUGACUUCGAGCGAGCAAUUGAAGGAUCAGGAUCUGCUGCCAUAAACACCAAUGAGCUCUCAGGUGGUGCCAGAAUCAACCGCCUCUUCCACGAACGAUUCCCAUAUGAAAUCGUGCGAAUGGAAUUUGACGAGAAGGAACUUAGAAGAGAGAUUGCCUUUGCCAUCCGAAACAUUCAUGGUAUUCGAGUAGGCCUGUUUACCCCUGAUAUGGCCUUUGAUGCCAUUGUUAAGACCCAGAUAAGUAGGCUGAAAGAACCAAGUUUGAAAUGUGUUGACUUGGUUGUGCAAGAACUCACCAAUGUGGUCAGGAACUGUGCUAAUAAGAUGUCCCGGUACCCAAGACUUCAGGAGGAAACAGAACGAAUCAUAACACAACAUAUCAGAGAGCGUGAACAGCUUUGCAAGGAGCACAUUCUUCUCCUGAAUGACUGCGAACUUGCAUACAUGAACACCAACCAUGAGGACUUCAUCGGUUUUGCCAAGGCAAAUCAAACAGCAAACCAAACUGCCCAGCAAUCCUCAGAGACUUCCAGCAAGUCUGGACGUAAGCUGGGGAACCAGGUGAUCCGAAAGGGCUACAUGUCCAUCUCCAACCUGGGCUUCAUGAAGGGAGGCUCCCGUGACUACUGGUUUGUUCUCACGUCUGAGUCUUUGUCUUGGUACAAGGAUGAGGAUGAGAGAGAUAAGAAGUAUAUGCUCAUGCUCGAUGGACUGAAGCUGAAGGACAUUGAGCAGGGCUUCAUGUCACGACGCCAUGUAUUUGCUCUCUAUAACCCAGAUCAGCGUAAUGUUUACAAGGAUUACAAAGAACUGCAGUUAGGUGUGGAAACUCAGGAUGACAUGGACUCAUGGAAGGCUUCAUUCCUCCGAGCUGGUGUAUACCCAGAGAAGGUGUCCGACACAAGCAAUGGAGAGGAGUCUGGCAGUGAGAUGUCAACAUCGAUGGAUCCUCAGCUAGAGCGUCAAGUCGAGACAAUUAGGAACUUGGUAGAUUCUUACAUGAAAAUUGUCACCAAGACAACACGGGACUUAGUACCAAAGGCUCUCAUGCACCUGAUGAUCAACAAUUCCAAAGAGUUCAUCAUGGGUGAACUCCUAGCUCACCUCUAUGCUUGUGGAGAUCAGAAUGCCAUGAUGGAAGAGAGCCCAGAGGAGGCUCGAAAGCGUGAGGAGAUGCUGCGAAUGUACCAUGCUUGCAAAGAGGCACUCAGAGUAAUUGGAGAUGUUUCCAUGGCCACAGUCAGCACUCCAAUGCCACCCCCUGUCAAGGAUGACUGGCUUGCAACUGGUCAGGAGAGUCCAAGGAUUGGGCAGACUGGCCCUCCCUCACCUGGCGCCAACAUGAGAAGAGGACCUCCUCCUGCAGUGUCCAGAGCUCCUCCCCCAGUUCCAGGAGGUAGCCGCCCUGCCCCAGCCAUCCCUUCACGUCCCACUCCAGCCCCACCAGCACGUCAGGGGGGCAAUGCGGGUGGACUUCCCCCUCCCCUCAUCCCAUCACGGCCAGUUCCCAUCAUACCUCCAAGAUUACCAGACCGACCCCAGUUGCCCCAGCGACCUCAGUAGGGAAGUGGAAUGGAUGAAAACAGAGCCAGUAGGAACCUUUUUUUGUCUCUUGCUCUUAAGCAUAAUUCCCACCAUGAUGUAGGGCCUGACAAGUUCAUGGUGCUACACCUGCUACGGCAGACAGCUGACAGUAUUGACACUGGCAGUUCUAGAGGCUUGAAAAUCCUCAGAAGAUGCAUGUGGAGGUGACUAGGAAACUGUUUAAUGAUAUGGAAAGAAAAAGAAAGAAAAUUUCAAAAGCUUUCAUUGUCAUUGAAUGUUGUGAUUGCAAAUUGCUCACAAAUGUCAUGAUGAAAUUGUUAUGUCUGUGUAGAUUAAAUUAAUUGUUCAACAUUGCAAAUUAUAAAAAGUACAUCAAUUAUGGAUGGUAUUUAUUGCUGAGGCUUUUCCUCCUUGCCAUUUUUAACAUUUUAUUAAUGCCAUUAUAAUAAGAGUGGGCAAUUUAAUUCACAAGUUUUUGUUGUUAAUGUAAACUCUGUAAGCUGUAGCAGUAGCUACUCUCACUUAACAGAGUGGUGCUUUACUGAAAAAUAUAUAUUUUCUUUCUCAAAGACACGAAAUUGGAAACAACAGAAAGGACCGAAAACCUCAGAGCAUUGCCAAAGGACAUAUUUAAUUUGUGUAUAUAUAAUGCAUUUUUCUGCUGAUACUGUUAAUAUGGUACCAGAAAUUGUAGUGAAAAAAAGAAUCGGUGACAGAUACACCUACAAACUAGGAAAAAUCUGUUUAGAAAAAAAUUGGUAUGAAUUACAAAGGUUCUUCAUAUAGAAUGACAUUCUCAUUAUUUGAUUGUUUUUCAUAAUAUAGCUACAUUAUUCUUGUUGCAUGACAUAUCCUUCCAAUGUAAUGUUUCCUUCAUUCAGAAAAUAGACUGUAAAAGUGGUACCUGUGGCCAGUGUUACUGACCGUUUGACUGUCUGCAUUUAUUGUCAAGUCUACUAUCCUAAUAAUGUUUAAUUUAGAAAACAAGUGUGGGAGCAUUUUGAAGAUAGGCUGGAAUGUCAUUGCAUUGCAUCUGCCAGAAAUGGUAGAAGAGCCAUAUUAUCUGGUCAUCAUGGAACUAAUUGUAACAAACAUUAUCUGCUCAGUAAUACUUAGCAGCUGGUGUUUCUAGUUAAAGUCUUGCAUGUAAGCACAUUUUCAUACACAUUGGUUGCCUUAGAGGAUAGUCCGCAAGUCUGGAAGAUCCAUCACAACUAAACAUUCUGUGAUAUACUGGGUUAGGGUCUGAAUCAAAGAUAUUAUCCUUUAUAUUUUCAAACCAUUUAACAGUGUGUAAUAACAGUGAACAGUUUAGAAAUAUUAGUUUUCUGUAUCCAAAUUAAUGUGCAAGUUCAAUUCAGCAAAACAUGCAUAUAUACGCACAUGAACAUGCACACUCACACAUCCAUUAAGAAGUAGAUGUGUGUAGUCUUGUAUGUAUGACUAGGGUAUACCUACAAAAUGUUAGAGGCAGAUUAAGAUAUUUUGUAAAUUUGUUGAGCGGCUUGUACAUUCUGUAUUCAAGCAAUAUUGUAUAUAUGUAUAUUAAGAAGUUACCAAAUGUUUAAACCAUUGAAGCAAUUUUGAGAUUGUCCUGUUUAUUAAAUUUCCUAUACCUUUUUAGUUUAUUAGGCUGAAGCUAGUCAUAUACUUGUGAAGUGUAGUUUCAGUCUUGAACAGUAGAGUUUUUCAUUCUUUGUCACCUUAUUUUAUUUUCUUGUGAUAGAAUACACCUGAAAAUGGAUUCAUGUAUAUUGUACUGGAUGAGUUGCCCCAAUAUUCACAUAUAUUAAAAACAGUUGAGUUAUAAUUUGUUAUGAUAUAUUUUUUUGUUGAUUCCAUUAUCAUUUUUGUUGUAAUUUUCAUUCAAGUAUUGUUAUUAUUAUUUGUUUAUUAUUAUUGCUUAUCAUUAGAGUGAAGGUUAUUUGCUUGUGUUCUUGUCAUUGAGAGGUUAUGGUUCAGCACUUGUUAACCUGUGGAAAAAGUGUGUUUGAAUUAACAUGAGUGAAAUGAUUUGAAGCUGGUGGGAUACUGAAUAUGGAAUUUAUUAUAUGAUAUUUUAUCAUUUCAUUUACCUUUCUUCGCUGCUCUCCAUUUGGAGUUUUGACUGUUUACUAAUACGAAGCAGAUAUACCUCAUCUACAAAAUGCAAAUGUGAAUUAUAAAGUACAUUUGUAACAAGCCUUCCUUGCUGUCUGUUUUUACACAUUCAGAACCCAAGCAUGACACUGGACAUUAUUAAUUUCUCAAGGAACUAGUCUUGGAAGCAUCACUCUGCAAAGCAGUCCUGUCUUGGAGGUUCAGGUGUGUCUUAGCAGUAAAUCAAAGAGCCUUUUGCUUCUUGCACUUCAUCAGCAUUGAGAUAUAUUUCAGUCAUUUCCAUCAAAGAUACAGAUUUUAUUUAACAUUCCAUUCUCUUCUGUCACAUGGCCAGCCAGCUAUCAUUCCACUUGCAAGCUGAGUCAUCACUCAUCUUCAUCACCAUUGUAUUGUGAUAAGUUAUUGUACCUUGGUAAGUUACCCCUGUGUUCGGUUUCAUGUGUUAACACUAAAAACGACUUGACUGUGUACUUGCACUUUACUGAUUGCCAUGGAUAAGAGAAUGUUAUUGUAUAUUGCAUAACACUAGUCAAGCUUUGAUUUUAACAAUAUUUGGUGUAAACAAUAUGUUGGUUUUCAAGUGAUUUGAUUUGAUAUCUCCCUUCAAGUGGAAGCCUGAUAUCAGAAAGCAGUAUGUCAUAUAUACAGUUCAGUUUGAAUUAUAGUUUAUAUGGUUGAUAUCCAGGUAACUCAUUUUCUCCUUCUUUCUAUUUUCUUUCUCUCUGUCUCUUGGUCAUGCUACUUCUUUCACUCUCUCUCUAUUUCUAGUUAUCUUUUCCAAUACCUUUCUCUUCCUUCUUUGUUCUUCCUUCCUUCCCUUACCACAUCCUCCCUCCCUCAUUUUGUAUGAUGUCCAGUGACUGGAAAUAAAGUGAAAAGUAAAUUAU